GCGACUUCCUCGGUAACUGUCCUGCCCCAUCCAACAUGGCGGCGUGUGGACUUCCGUCGGAACCAGCAUGGCGGCGCCCAAGUUAUGAAACAUUAGCGUGAGAAUGGCGGUUGAAGUGAGAUUGCCGGUAGCAAGGAAGCGAGUUACUGAAUCGGUGCAGUUAGACAAUACCCGGCACCUGGUAUCACCCGGGGACACCAUCACCACUGACACCGGGUUUAUGAGGUGAUUUUGGACACGUGCAUGGCCACAUGUUAUAUUCAGAACUACACAUAUUCUUAAAAUGAUCUAGGUUACAUUGUUUCAUUCAGGUGGUAUGCCACAUUCUUUUAUGACAAGUCUGCUUCAAGUCAUUGAGAAAACAGAGUAUUAUUUCAGAUGUUGAUGCAUUUCACUGGAGUGCUGUAUUUUAUUUACUGUAAAAAAAGUAAAAGUGUAUUUUAGCGUAUUUUAUUAUUUUUCAAUUUCACUAAAAUCAUAUAGCGUAUCUUAUUCUAAACCAGGGGUAGGCAAUCUACGGCACUAGUGCCAUGCACGACACUCAAGGCUGCUACAGCCAAACAGGCUCUGUCCUAUCGGGAGUCCCAGUAAACAUCAGAUAUCUGCUAAUACGAAGAGGUGGUGAAGGACAAUGCUCAAUUUAUGCAUUGCAGCACGUAGAGUAAGUGAUCUCAGGUCCCUUACUCCCAGCACUUGUAAAUGGGAAGCCACACUGUGGUAGAGCAGCCCACAGCGAAUAUUGCAGCUCCUGCCCUUCACCUGUACCUGGCCAGCCUGGUCUCCACUGGAACCUAGGGAAGCCACCCACACUGCUAGAUAUACACAGAAAUGCACAAUAACCCUCCCCUCAUACAAAUACGAACAGCCCACAAACAUACACACAAUUCGCACAAACGUAACCUGCUAACAAUCCACAUACAUGCACACAACACCACAUACAGCCUCUCACAUGCAAUACCCCAAACAGCCUCACACAUACACACAAUGUGACACAUGCAUCCACACACACAAUUAUUCCACAAGCAGCCCACAUUCAUAUGUAUCAUACACGAUACCACAAACUACUCCUGAACAUAUACAAUAUAAUAGCUCAUAUGAGAACUCUUAACUACAGUAACCGACUGACUUUUACAACAGUAACUGACUCGUAACUGUAACUGGGUCCAUUCUAUGGUACACAACCAUCCCGUUACAACAGUAACUGACUCUUAACCGUAUCUGGCUCCAUUCGAUGGUACACAACCAUCCCGUUACAACAGUAACUGACUCUUAACCGGAACUGGCUCCAUUCGAUGGUACACAACCAUCCCGUUACAACAGUAACUGACUCUUAACCGGAACGGGCUCCAUUCGAUGGUGCACAACCAUCCCAUUACAACAGUAACUGACUCUUAACCGUAGCUGGGUCAGUUCUAUGGUACACAACCAUCCCGUCAAUCAUUAAAAUUAUAUAUAUAUAUAUAUAUAUAUAUAUAUAUAUAUAUACACACACACAGUUAUUAACUAAAGUCUGAAUUGGCAGAAUUUCAUAGUGACAAAUCUAUGCCAAAGUAGCUAACACAGAACUUUAAAUUUGUUCUGUUUACGUUAAAUUUGGCUAUAUUGGCAUCAGGUUUAAAAUUCACACUUUGGUUAUUGCCAAUGGUAUAGUGCACUGGAAGCCAGUCAUUUGCAAAUAAAGCCACUUGCUUUUUCUCGUUCUUUGAAAAAUCCUCUGCAUAAAGUUUCUCAUCCACUCAUGGGUGAGAAAUACUGAGCACGUUUACUUUUUUCUUACAUAUUAUGCAACUUUGUUUUUUUGAUCCGUAAACGUCUGCUGUGGAAUAAAAGCAGUAACAUAACCAGGAUUGGUUUAGAGGUCUCAGCCAUAGCUGAGAUGUUCUUCACUCCUGGGUCAGGACCAGGAAUUAUGUCCCCAUUGGUUGAAAAGUGCAUUUUGUUUUCACCAAGCCACAGACAAGUGCUUGCAAAACAUAGUUUCUUGUAGUAUCUGUGUUUUACCAGUACAAUUGGAUGAGUCUAAGGUGUUUCUUUUCCAUAGUUGUAACAUUAUAUAAAAGAAAAAAGUCACCAAGCCAGUGUUAUUUUGUCGACUAACUAUUUUAGUCGACUAAAAAAAUUCAGUUGACUUAAAGGGACUCUCCAGUGCCAGGAAAACAAACAGUUUUCCUGGCACUGCAUGUCCCCUCUCCCUCCCACCCCCCCCAUCCCAUGUUGCUGAAGGGGUUAAAAUCCCUUCAGUGACUUACCUGUAUCCAGCGCCGAUGUCCCUUGGCGCUGGGUCAGGCUCCACCUAUUCUCCCCCCCCCUCUGCCGGCGGGAGAGACCUAUUGAGCAUGCGCGGCUGGCGGCGGGGGAGACCUAAUGCGUGUAUUAGACCUCACCAUAGGAAAGCAUUGAAUAAUGCGUUCAAUGCUUUCCUAUGAGGAUUUCAGCGACGCUGGAGGUCCUCUCAUAGUGUUCUAUGAGACAGCCUAGUAGACAGCCACUAGAGGAGGACUUAACCCUUCAAGGUAAAUAUUGCAGUGUAAAGGAUCCUUCUAUUCGUGCAGUGCUGAUCCUUGUAGCUUCUCCCGAAAUCCAGCUGAAACGAAGUGAUUAUAACUCCCAAUCCCCCAAACAUGAGUCGAGACUUCAUGAAGGGUUAAAACGAUCUGAUUUACUGUGGGCUACCUGCCCGGUAUUUAUGCAGGUCUCCCACCUGGUGGACACUCCCCUAGGGGACCAGAUGGAAGACUGGGACAAAAUAUCACAGUAGCCAAUCACAGUGGCUAUAACAUAAGCACUCCCCUUUUACAUAAAUCACUCACUCUUUUCCAUCCUGGCUUUUCUUAUUAUUCAUCAAACAGUAUAACAAUCUAUAACUUUCAUUUUACAUGACAUAAACUGUAAGUCCCACAUACCCCCAGAUAGCUUGGAUCUGAGUGCAUAUUCUAGGCGAAUAGCGCUCAGAUGCCACGAACACAGUUCUCAAAAAGGUCGACUGAAGUUUGACUUUCACCGGCCGUUCGCGUGUUUGUAACCGCCAACAAGUUCCAUACUGUAGCUAUCUGGGGUCGGUCCCUUUCGCACACAUCCAACGAACGAAUGGUGUAGGGUCUCCGGCAUUCGUGUGUUUUCCCCCUCUCACGAGGACCUGGAGAGGUAGCAGCGGUGUUCGACAAAAUAAUUAUCCGAAAUUAGUUCCAGGGCAUCGCCGCCAUUUACUGCUGGGCGUUUGACAAUCCAAAAUGGCGGUUGCCACGUGUUCGGUAGACGAACGCGGACCACCAAGCUAUUCCCCAAUUAGUCUGCGGUUAACCGCAAAGUCUGGGUGGUUAAUAGGCGCCACACGACCUCAGUAGGAGGUCGGGUGAUUCGGCAGUUCAUUUGUUUUUCUCGCUAUUUGCACGAAAUCACCCUAUACGCAUCUAAAUAACUGAACGGGCUGGUUCGCAUAGUUUGUUCAAUAGGGGAUUUUGUUACAUGCAGUUUAUGAAAACUGCAAUAAUUACACUUGCAGGGUUACGGGUAGUGGGAGUUGGCACCCAGACCACUCUAGUGGGCAGAAGUGGUCUGGGUGCCUGGAGUAUCCCUUUAAAUACAACUAAAAUGACAUUUUAAUCAAAAGACUAUGACUAAAAUUUAAAUUUAAAUUUGCUGCCAAAAAAGGAGCUGCGGAAGGGGCAAAAGAGAAAGACCAGGGCUUGGGAGAGAGACAGCUAGAGGGGCUGGGCAAAAGAGGCUUUAACGUUGCGUCGACUAAAACUAUUCAUAUGACUGAAAUGACUUUUUAGUUAAUUGACUGACUAAAACUAAAUUUACAUUUGCAGUCAAAAUUAACAGUGCACCAAGCAAGUAGUACACAUAUUGUGUGCCCCUGCUAAGAGGAAUAAGCAUCACUGCUCUUUAGUAUUUAGGAAAUGGUUAAUAAAUCCACCCGGCGUCCGGUUUGAGCACAGCAGAUAUGUUUAGAAGCCCUUUCAAUAUUUUUUGUAAGAUUUUUUUCGUGUUCCUAAAUGUGAGCAGUUUUACAUAUUUUAUAAAAUGUACCUAUGUGUUUUCAGAGGUCAUGGAACUUAUAUGGAAGAUGAAAAGCUUUUAGCAUCAGUGGCCGGUGUGGUAGAGCAUGUGAACAAACUUGUAUGUGUCAGAGCCUUAAAAACCAGGUAAAUUUAAUUGGCAUGUUCUUCCUGCUAUUCACAAUUUAAUGAAUAACCCUGUUUUUUUUCUUUUUCUUAAGAUAUAACAGAAAUAUUGGUUCGCCUUAUUCUUCCCUUUUCCUUGCUAGCCUUCUUCGGCUACUAACUCCAUUCUUAUGAUACCUAGAUGCCAUUUCAAGCUGACUUAUAGAAACAGAAAAUUGGUCAGACUAAAUGGGCCGAAUGGUUCUUAUUUGCCGUCACUUUCUUUAAGUACUUUCAUUAGUCCCUGGUCUUAUCUUAUAGCUAGGAUAGCCUUAUGCCUAUCCCACGCAUGCUUAAACUCCCUCACUAUGUUAACCUCUACACUCUAUUCCAUAUAACCACUACCCUCUUUAUAAAGUAAUACUUCCUGAUAUUAUUUUUAAACCUUUGCCACUCUAAUUUAAGACUUUCCUCUUGUUGUGGUAGUUUUAAUUAUUAUUUUCUAUUGUAAUUAUGGUUACUCUUUUGAUUUUCCACUAAGUCCUUAAUUUGCUCUCCAUUUCAUCAAAAUACAAUUUCCUUUCCUUUAAUCUUGAUUUACAAAACUCUUUCUAACUCUCCUCCUUCCCAUGUAUUUUCCCUUAUAGGUACAACACCUGGUUCUCAUUGCCACUGCUUUCCACCUCUUGGCUCAUUAAAUUCCUACUCUCACAGUUUGCAGGCACUUCCUCAAAACAAAACACAAAAACACAGGUGGAGCAAUAAAAUAUACUUCCCUUUGUCUGGAUAUAUUAAUAUCCUACUGAAAAAGGGAAGAGAAAAAGGACGCAAUAGUGUAGGUGUGCCAAACUAAAACAAUAUUGGUGAAAUGUGAGUACUAAGCACUCAUAUGUAUGUAGCUAGUUUAACCACUUGGCUCUAGUGUAUAUCACAAUAGGAUUAUAAAAUUAAUUCUGAUCCCUCUUCCAAGGGGUGAUUUGCAGCUUGGUAGGUGAUAGAUAAAUAAGAGACUCCAUAGCAAAAUCCUGUAUGAUUACUUAUAAGAAAAUAUAAAUGCAUGCACUCUUAUGGUCCUGGAUGUAACAGCAACUUUACCAUAUGGGUAAGUAUGAGGAACCAUGGUCACUUCCACAGGGCACUUGAUAAAAUGUAUUUAUCACUAAAAACCAUUAAAAUAAACCACAAAAACAUGUGAUAGAUAAUGUCCAAAAUGCGUUUCGUCUAUUGAAGGCUUGGUAUGCCUGCUUCCCUCAUGGAAUGCUAUUUAUGCCACCCUAAUUGAUCCUUAAUUCGUUUCAGGUCCCCCUUCGGCGUGUCCUGCUGCGCAAACUGCGUUCCUGAUUAUUUUUAAUUCAAUCUUAUAAUUCAUCAUACAGGAUUAUGCUAUGGAGUCUUUUAUUUAUCUAGCACCCAUCAAGCUGUAAAUCACCCCUUAGAAGAGGGAUCAGGAUUACCUUUAUAAAUCCUAUUGUGAUGUACACUAGAGCUAAGUGGAUAAACUGGCUCUAUCCCUGUGAGUGUUUAUGACUUACAUUUCACCAAUAUUGGUUUAUUACCAUUAAAAUUGGGUAAUGGUAACAACCCCUGGAUGUUGGGCUAAGGUCACAUCCCCAAGACGUACUUGAAAACCAAAAUAAUUUGAAUGUACCUUUCCUGGUUAAAUACUUUAUUAUUAUUUUGGUACAGCUACACUAUUGUGUCCCUUUUCUCUUUCCUUUUUCAAAAGUAUAGUAAUAUAUCCAGACAUAGGAAAGUAUAUUUUAUUGCACCAUCUAUUGUGUUUUUGUUGUUACUUUUAUGUUGUAAGUUAAAGGACCACUAUAGUGCCAGGAAAACAUACUCGUAGUGCCACUAUAGUGCCAUGAGGUUGCCCCUCUGGGUCCCACUCCCGUGGCGCAGAAGGGGGAGAAAAGGGUUAAUCCCUUACCUUUUUUCCAGCGCAGGGCUCCCUCGUGAGAAGCACUGAAGCGCCUCUAGCGGCUGUCAAUGAGACAGCCACUAGAGGCUGGAUUAACCCUAAUGUAAACAUAGCAGUUUCUCUGCAACUGCUGUUUACAGCAAAAAGGGUUAAACCUAGCUGGACCUGGCAUCCAGACCACUCCAUUAAGCUGAAGUGGUCUGGGUGCCUAUAGUGGUCUUUUAAGGGGGUGUCGCACAGGUGUGUUGAGAAUUUAGGGAUAAUCACUAUUAAAAUGUAUAAUCUAUAUUUCAUUCCUCAAAACCGAUCUUUUAAUGCUGAUCUCGGGCGACUUUUCAUGUUUUGUAAAGACCCCCGAAAGUGACAGAUGUGGUGCAUGUCCUAUUGCCAUGGGGUUUUAUAGCAAGACUCUGCAUCUACAGACUCCAAAUUAGGGCAGUGGUCAUGGUGCUUGGUGUAACUCUUUGAAGCUUAAGUAGCUGACUUGGAAACCCAACUGAGUAAGAAAAUGUCUCUUUACCUUGAAUUUGAAUUCUCACGUUAGUGCAGCUCUUGUGGUCUUUGGUAUUGAUCCGUGAUCUCCUGGUACAUUCAGACGCUUGAACGUCUGUAUGAAAAGUCACCUAUCAAUAACUAAUGCAUGACUAUUUGGUUAUUCCUUCCGCAGUGCUAUUUACAGUCAGGUGAGCAGGGAACCUUGUGUUGGCCAAAAAACUAAAUAAAUUGUAUAAUAUGAUCUGGCUGUGUCAACAUGUUAGGCUACAUAAAAUCUGUUCAAGUCUGUGCAAAAUCUAAACAGAACAGAUUUUUGCCAGCCUUUCCCAUAAACAGAAAGUAUUAAAAUCCUUCAUUAAUUACUUUGUCUGUCUUUGAAAAAUUCACGCUCCAUAAUUUUCCAAUGCUGUGUAAAAUCUCCCUACCGUCAUGAGAUUGUUCAUUUAAAGUGUGUUGUAGACUCACUUUGCGCUAAACUGAAACUGGUGUAAGGUUUUAUAAUUAUAAAAAAAGUGCUAGUCUUUAAGCAGAUUAUCAGAAGCAGAGUAUGUCUCGCGACCUUUCAAAUAUGUUAUAACAUUUUAUGUUUUGUUCAGAUACAAUGGAGAGGUUGGAGAUGUUGUCGUUGGCCGUGUUACAGAGGUACAGUUACUUUCUUUAUCACUGUUUGCUGAGUAAAUAUUAACUACUGAAGUGUCAGUUAAAGAACUAUUGCUAGAAUGUACUAUAGGUUUGUUUUCGUUUUUGUUUCGUUUUUUUUAAAGUUGGUACUUUCCAAAUUAUGUGCAGUUGUUUUUUGAUAUUGGUUUUCUCCCACAAUUUUUAUCUACAAUUCAGCUUUCAUGUGUUAAGUUUUGUGAUUUCAUAAUUUUUUUUUAUUUUUUUUUUAAAGCUGAACAUUUUUAUUUUGCAUGCAUAUUUAUUUUGCCCAUUUUGAAAUAUAUGCUAUUUUUUAAAUAUUUUGUCUUUUAUCCAUGCUGCAAGCGGCAGAACUUAUACAGUGCUGGGCCAGGGAGCGUGUGGUUUGCACGUUAAUUGCUCCCUCACAGUCCUGCUCUCACUAAUGAGCAUCGAACUGCGAGGGAGCCAUUACUGUGGCUUGCACCUGAUGGAGCUGCAAACCACAGGCUCCAACACUAGGGUGUCUGGGCUGCCAUGACUCCCACCUGGGCUGUCCUCCUCCUCCUCCUCCUCCUGUCAGAUUGGAGGGCGGCAUCGGGCUCUGCAGCAUCAUAUCAAUCUGCUUGCUGCUGGGCUUCCUGCUCUUCUCUGGGUCCUACUGCUCAUGCUCUCACCUUUAAAUUAAAAAACAAAAACCAAAGCCCUCAUGCUGAUAGACAAUCUGAGGGAGGACAGAGGGGGAGAAAUCUUAAAUAGGGGCCCACUAUUUCUAUUUAAAAUUAUUUUGUGGGUCAGGACAAGUGGAUGGCUUUUCCACUUUAUUCCUGUGGACAACUAGAUUUUAAAAAAAUAAUUCCACACCCCUGUCUAAGGGACAUUUCUAGCAGCAUAUUACAGGUUUAUUCCAGGCAAAAAAGCAGAUUUUUUUUUUUUUUUUUUAGAAAACACUUUUUUGUUUUUGUUUUGUCAGAGUAACCCUUAUUAACUUGCUCCCCCCCCACCUUUGAAAAUAGUGAGAGAAAAAAAACUAAAUCAUACUGCAGUUCCAGCCUCAAAAUCAAGUUCUCCCAGCUGCCCCCCGAUACUCCUCUUGGGACAUCACCCCCUUCCUCACUGUGAGGAGCCAUGUCACCAUUGGAUAUCUCCAACAUGCUGUGUGUGUGGUCAACAUGGACGCCAACUAUGCACAGAAUUAACAUUGAAUAGUGUGCUCAGAGCGCUUGUUCCAGGCUGUCAAGUGACACCUCCGACGUCAAAGGGGUUAAACUCUGAAACUCUGUACAAAGAGACAAGCGCCAUGACCACCUCAAAUCAAUGCUUUAAUUAACACGUUAAUUCCACCACCUUUUUUAUGUUUUAGUUAUACUUUCAAAGAAAUCAAUUAAAAGUACAAAGAAAUAUAUGCUCUUUUUUUUUUUUUUUUUUUGAAGCUCAUUAUUUUUCUGCAUUGAGCUCUGUUGAGACCAGGAAGUAGCUGAAAAGCUUUUGACUGAUCCAGGCUUUCAUUAACAUUAAUGGAAGAACUGAACAUAUCUCUGCAGGGAGUAAUUGAAUAUUAGCAAUUUCAUUCUUUAUCAAGCAUAAAUUAAACUGCUCUGAUAUACAUAUAGAGGCUCAGCAGCAGCUUAUUGGGUAUGUAGUUUAGCACUGUAGGCAGCACUGUAAUUAAAGCGGCACUGUCAUCCUGAACUUACCUUUCCCCCAAUCGAUUCCUCUUCCCCUCCUCUCUCAGGAUCUGUUCUUCAUUUCUUCCUGUCUGCUCUAGUUUUCUUUAAAACAUAGGACAAAGUAGGGACUACUUUGUCAUAUGGAGGUUUCCUACACAUGACCAGCGGAGGAGCAAAGUGUGCUUCAUUUCCUGUGGUCAGAGAAAUUUUCUCAUAAUUCUCACCUUUGAUCAUCCAUGAUCUCGCGUUGCUUCCUGUCAGUAUUCCCGAACGUCUGAUCAUUUAGACAGAACGCAGGCGAAGCUACAGAAUUUCGUCCUAACAGAAUGAGGACAGUUUGUUCUUUCAUGUUAAGGUGCAUUUUGUAACUUUGUUCGGAUCGGAAUUUCAUUCAUAUGAAUGAAACUCCGAUCCUGUUCGUGCCGUGGCUGGAUCUUGCAGCUGCCUAGUAGAUAACUCCCUAAUUACCACGGUAUCAGGGAACUAUCUACCAAAAGGCUGAAAGACCUAAAUUAGUCUUUCAGGCCAAAUUUACUAAUACUAAGUAAAGAUUACUUAGUAUUAGUAAAUUCUACCCCUACUCGUUAUACCGUGAGUAGGGGCAUGUCUGGUAAACAGUGAGCAGCCUGUGGGUCCCAUUAUCAGAUGGCAUCCUAGGAGGUGAAGUGCCGACCCAGCACCGAGCGACAACCACUUUUUUUAUACAAGAGGAAGGGGGGCUGCAAGUGGAGGGGACCAGAGGUCUCUACUGUGUUAGGAAUACAGAUUUGUAUUCCUGACACUAUACAUUCCCUUUAAAACUAGGAGCAAGACUCUUGCCAUAGGCCUUGGGUGGUAAAUUAAUGGAAAAGCGGGAUGAGAGCUUUAUUCUACAAAUCUAAACCUGCACUGGACAAAGUAAAGAUAAUAGCACCUAAUACUGAAUGUCUGAGAAAGCAGGUGUGAUGUGCUGUCUGCAAGCGAGUGAGUCUUUAUGCUUUUAUAUUUUGACUGUACAAUGAAAUUUUAAGGAACACUUCAAGCACCAUAACCUCUACAGUGCGCUGUAGUAGUUAUGGUGCCCUGGUGCCUCCCCCAUUGUCUAACUGUUUUAAAAUGGUUAGACUUCUUACCUGGAGUCUACCUGGCUCUGCUCCCUGUCUCCACUACUUCCUGUGGAGAGCUGGAACCUCCUAAGCAGGAACUUCCAUUAGCUCCCCUGAGCUAAGCUAUGCAGGGCAGGUCAACUGAUCGCUCUCAACCAAUGAUUUAAGUCUUACACUCUCAGUAGGGACAACACCUGGAGUGGUUAUGGUGCUUGGAGUGUUUCCUUGAAGUAUGUAUUGAGGGAGACUUCUUAAACUGCUCUGUGCUAAAAUGCGGAAGCCAGCGGAACCAGCAGGCUCAUUUAAUUGACGCCUCUUACGUAUUUUUUCACCACUUUAAAUCUACGCUUGUUUGCAUGUUUUGAAAUGCCUUUUCCCCUCCCCCCGAUACCCCCACUCUUUCUAAUUCACUGCUCAAAGCAUGUGAUGCCAUCAUACUCCCUUGAAUUUCUUUUCCAGGUGCAGCAGAGGAGAUGGAAAGUGGAUACAAACUCCAGACUGGACUCCGUAUUGCUCCUUUCAGCUGUAAACCUUCCCGGAGGGGAAUUGGUGAGUGAACAGAGCGAAGUUUCUCAUCUCAAAGUUUUAGGGUUUUCAAUUCAAACUACAAUUCUCUUAAACCUUUUCCAUACUUGUUAUUUGGUUUCCAGAGGAUUACAGAAGUUGUAGCUUGCCAUUGAAUGUCUAGGUAUUUGGGCAGCCCUGUUGUAGGAGGUUAGGAGUGCUUGGGCAUUAUUUUCUGCUGACCAGUCUCAAUCUGUCGAUCAAAUCUGUCUAUCUAUAUCCUUGAUGUUUGUGCUUUGUGUAUGUACUAUUUAUCCAUGCGAUAAUGAUUUUGUUAGAGCCGUAGCCCUAUGGCCACAUGAUGGGACCUGUUUCGACCUCAAGGAGUGUGAGUUUGUGGGUAUAUUUUAUUUAGCAGCCGAGUGAAUGGAUAAUCGCUAUUUGGAACCCUCUGUACUUCUGAAUGCCUGGUGCUGUUUGUGCCUAACAUUGCAAGUUAGUGUUUCGAUCACGCUCCUUCUCCUGAUUUCUAAGAGCAUGUGAGUGAUUAGUGCUUCCAUAACCCUUCUAGUUUGUGCUUCGUCUCCCAUUAUAACGACUAAAGGGCUUACCACACUUACUGUUUUAUUGAGCUUAUCAGCCCCUGUGUAGAAAAUAGUAAUUGGUAUGGCAGGCUGUAAUCCUUGUUAGCCAUAGUAAUGGUGUAGGCAACGUUAUCUGAACAGACUAUCAGGGCCACGAGAUCACUAGGCAGCACUGAAAAUCCUAAACCGCCACAAACCUUCCACUGCUCGUGGGCUGCAGGGUAAGAUUUAAUUUGUCCCAUGACCAUCACAUUCCCUAAUAUGUCAGAAUGUAAGGUUGUACUUGAACACAGGUAAGGAACUGCAUCACCAGGCCGCAAAUUAAUCACCAGGCCGCAAAUGAAGGUCACGUGUCCAGACUUGAACAGGUAGGUAAAAUCCAAGCUUGAUUCCAUCCAAUUUUAAUCACACAAGGUCAUCACAGCAAAUAGUGCACAAGGAAGACCCCUAAGGGUUUUGUCUCAGAAAGGCACUUUCUCAGAUGCUGAACAAGAGCAUUUUUGGCACAACAGGCAUAAGGGAUGUUGUGAUGUCCUCGUGUUGUUUAUGUUUGAUGAAUUAAAGCUUGGAUUUGACCUAACUGUUCAUGUCUACACGAGUGUCCUCAAUUUGGAAACUUCCCAUUAAAAGUCCUUUUGUUUUCAUUGGGCGGAGAACCCACCUACCGGACCUGGAAAGUAAGAACAUAUGGACUUUUAUUUGCUACAAUUAGUUUUGACUUCCGGACUAAGGCUAUGCUUGAUCACAGUAAUAACUAUGAUCUCCAUCAAUUGGAGAUUGUGGAUAAGCGUUAUUGCUGGGAGUCAGCCCCUGAAAGGCUCAACGCAAGAAAUCUUCAGGGCCAUGCAAAGUCAACAUCAAGUUCUCCAACUCCUGUGAUGUCUGAGCAUUGUAGGUAUAGUAGUUUAGUACCUCCUGAAAGCCUGACGUUGCCUGCCCGCUCCUUGAACUUUUGCCAAUAAGGUUAAUGUACCUGUAUCCCCCUGUGCCAAUUUAACAUCAAGCUGUAAUUAGAUCAUCUUCCUUUAUCUGCCACAAAGUAACCAGAGGCACGUUUUGCACAGCACAAGUGGUUCUCCAGGGAGUCUCUUGGCAAGGGCCGUCUCUCCGCUUCAUUAUAGGGCAGAUUGCUGUUACGUGCCUCUUUUUCUCUUUCAGAGACGGAGGUCAGCAGAGGACGAGUUGGCAAUGAGGAGUUACCUGCAGGAAGGAGACUUGAUCAGCGUAUCCUUUGAUACAGCAGGACAGCUGGCACAGUCUCAUAGGCUUUGUCGUGCCAAGCAGCUGAUGUCUGCUUUGUGGCACAUGUGCUAGUGCAACAUAUUUCUACACGGAUGAGAAAAUGUUACUGCAGGGGUUGAAUAGUUGGAGAUCGGACACACAAAUCCACUUCGGCAACAACGCCAAUUUAAAUAUCACUUUCGUUUGAGGGGGGUUAUUUUCUGAAUAAGAAAUUGUGUGAAACUGGCAAUGGAAUUUUAGCCUAAAAUAGUCAAAUUGGAAAAAAGAAGCUCAAAUGUAGUUUUACUUAUUUAUGAUAGGAAUUGUGAUUUUUCUUACAUAGACCUACACGAACAAAGUAUUUGCUACUUUUUCGUUUGUAUGUCUUUUGAUUGAGCUGCAGUUUUAUUGAAAUUCCGAUGCAACUUUAAGAUGGAUUUUAAUUUGGUACAAACAUAUUCUGUCUAAAAUAAUCUGAGCUGUCACCACCGGUUAGUCUGGUAGAGCUGUCUUCUCCCUACUUAUCGUACUCUUUCAUAGUAACCAAAUCCCUUAAUAGUCUGUUGAUUUAGGCUCAGUGAUGGAAAUUAGUUUUGCAAUUUUCUUCAAAUUAACAGUUUGGAGAUCAAAUAUGACUGGCAAUAGAAUUUAACUUUACAUCAUAAUAUUCUCUUAUUUUUUAUAAAAAUAAAUUAAAUUGAAGCCAUGACUGCCAAGAUGUAAUCUGUACUUACUAAGGAAUCUUAUCAUUUAUUCAUUACCACUGACAUUUUCAAUAUGACAUUUUAUUUUAUCCUAAUAGCUAAGAAGAAGGGCUUAGCUCCUGCCUGAAAAGCCACUGGCAUAGUCACCCAGUUUUAUCUCUUUUUUUACAAAUGAGUGAAAUCCACCACCCACCCACCCCAAAAAAUAAAUAAAAUUGAAGUAAUUAGCCUGAAGAAUAGCUGCAUAACACGUAUUUGCCUCUCAAUUAACAGGAAAAAAAUAAAUGAACAUCAGGAUUGGCAUGCAGCAUCAAUAGGGAAAAAUGGUGUAAAAUGGUUUGCUGCAUUAUGUGGGGAAGGUGUCAGGCUACUCCUAUCAGACGGUAGUGGUUUUCAUAGUUUGAGUAAGCCUUGAAUGAAAAGAUAUGGGUAAAACCUAUAGAAAUGUGCAUUCAUUUCAAUGCAUUUCUAAAGUUGACGUCCCAAUUGAGCAUCUGUUGCAGAAAAGAAAACGGGGGUUACACGUCAUAGGUUGUUGUGGCAAGACAUGUGUUGAGCUUAAUAUACAGAGUAAGACACCAAGUAACAGUGGUGUAUUCUAUCUUUGCGUACAUCAAAUUUGUUCUGUCUAAUAUCCACGCGUAGCUACUAUGAUUCUUAUGUGUCACAUUCUCAGCUUGAAUCUGGUCUAUUUAAUAAGGUUAAUUAGUCUAAAUAUAGGAACUCUAGCAUAUCCAUGUGUUCUGCAUGUAUAUGGCUUGUUUAGGGUAUUGCUUAAUUCUGGAUUUAUUGGUGAACGAUCCCUAGAUCACUGAGCCACUUGCAGUGUUUAUGUAUCAGCCAGUUUGUUCAGCUAUGGUCGUCUUCCCGGUCUAGAUACUGUUUGCUAUACUGUGUCCUGGUUUUAGGGUGUCCUCAAACACUUGGAAGACAAUAUAUGGGUCACUGAUAAAAGGGUCACUAACAGGUGUCUCGAGGUCUGCAAGAUGGGGCUCGUCGGCCAGGUAGGCCAUUUGGUCACUGCUCGGUUAAUCGAAGUUGCCUAUCUUAGUGGGAUGUCGGUUUUACAUGGUGCCCCUUGUCUGCCUCCAGCUUGCAUAUCCGCCUUUAGAUUCCCCACAUUUUCGCUCUCGAAGGGGGUGGAAGCUUCUGUAUUAUAAAAAGGUGGCAGUUGUUUCAGAGUGCAUUUGGGGCUUCAGGUAGGGAUGAUUUUGUCUAUGCCAGCCUUACAUCAUGUGUUGGGGGUGGGGGGGCGGGAAUCUUAUUCAAUCCUAUAUUCUGCAUCCUCUGCUGCUGUAUUGUUGCCAUUAUUAUAUAGGAUGAGGUAGGGAGGGGAGGGUAGGGGUAAGAAGGUGAUUAAAGGGGGAGAGGGGGGUCAGAGAAGCUAGGUCCUUCUUCACGGAUCUUAUGUUCUACACUUUCAAUAAGGAGCGACUAAAGAAGGUGGGGGGGCAGUGGUCUGUCUCGUCAAUCGUUACUAUCCCAUUGUAGCCAGGGAUCCCGUGUUUUUUCAAAUUUCUUCAGUGUUCCCCUAGCGAUAGCUGUCAAUUUGUCCAUGAGGCAUGUUUCGUGUGUCUUCUGUGUCACCGCAGCUACGGAUGGUAUGUCUGGUUUGAGCCAGUUUUGUGCCAAUGUUAGUCAGGUCGCUAGUGUGAGUUUGUGUAGUAGUCUUUGGUCUGGUUUGGUCCAGUCAUCUAUGGGCCGGGACAGGAUGAAUGUCCAUAGGUCUACCUCUAUGUUUCGUCAGAAAACCUUUGCUAUUAGGGCUCCUACCUGUCUCCAGAAGGUUCCUACUACUGGGCAUUCCCACCACAUAUGGAUAAAUGUCCCUUUUAUCCCGCACAACCUCCAGCAGAGGUCGCUUGGGGUGUUGCCCAUGCGGUGCAGUUGUAGUAGUGGUGUCACAUAUCCAACGGAACAUCAUCUUGUAAGAUUGUUCUUGGAGGGUGGUGCAUAUUGAUACUGCUGUGUUGGCUUCCCAUAUCGCUUGCCAGUCUGCGCCCUCUAGUGUCUCCCCCGAGUCCGCUUCCCAUUUUUCUGUGUAUGUCAGUGCGCCCCAUUCGGUUGUAGUGGAGGUUAGGUGAGAGUAUAGUGAGGUUAUCAUGCUCUGGGGUGGUCGCUUCUUUAAGGCAAACGCGUUCAAAUCCUGUCAUAUGUUGGGCUGGUAUUUCUUGCAUGUGUGGUUUGCUCUUGCAUGUUAGGUAUCGGAAGAAAUCUCCCGGUUUGAGUAUUCAGGGAUUUUUUUUAAAUUUUUUUUUAACCUUAAAGCCUUCUUAUUAUCCUCUGGUUCCAAUUGUACAUCUGUCUAAAAAGACAACUAUAGCCACAGUGAAUGUAGUUCAUCUCCAAGAUCCAAUGGACACAAAGCUGAAACCUCUUGUAGUCAAAGUUUUUUGUUUUUUUUUUCUUUUCCCCAGAGCCUUUUCUUUAGGACUAGACUUGACUCCCAGAAUUUUUACAAAGAUAUUGGUGAUUCUGGCAGCCCACGUGAGUGGAGCCAUUGCAAUAAUUCCAUAUGUGGACAAAUGGCUGUUGAGAGCCUGACCUGUAAAUGAGCUAGAGGAAAACAGAGCUGGACAAUAUAAUUUUCAACAACCUCUACAGGGCAAAUUGAUGACAUUAAGACCGGAAGUUCACAAAUGCUAAUUUCAGAAAACUGAUUCAGGUUGGGAAAUUUAAAAAAAAUAGAUCUGUUAACAUUCCUUGGGACCUCUUUCUCUGAAAUAUUUCUCUCAAGGGCAAUCAUCCCAAGAGUCACGCAGAAAAUCAGAACGGAGCAGGAAGCUAAGAAAAAGUUCUGCUUUUGGAGAACAUUUAGGAGAAUGAGGGAGUUUCAACACUUGCUCUGGAAACCUUCAACCUGUCAGUAUGGGUGUUGCAAGGGUAAUUCGGCAGGAUGAACACCAUGAAGACAAAACGAUCAAUAUCCUACAAUCUAGCAGGGAUUCCACUUUCAGAGAAUUUAGAAUACAUGUAUUUUGUGAUGCUGCUUGGAAAUUGACCCCAAUCUCCACGAUUGUAGCUCAAAUUCAGAUAGCGUUUUGUUGUUUUUUUGAGUGUUUUUUUAUUUUUUACAGCUGGGAUUUAAAGGGGACAAAGACUAUCUACAUUGGCAUUUCAAGUACAUACUGAUAUAUAUACGUAUAGCAAUAGACCACCCAAGUGCAGCAAUAUAGAAUAAAUUAAGAAAGGUAAUUAGCUUUCCUAACAUUCUAGAGUGUAACAAAGGUUCCUCAAAUCCUCACAAAUAGCCAAAAAAUACAAGUUACACCUAGAAAAAAUAAAAGCAGAGAACAUACAUAGUGUAACACCAUAAGAUGAAGUAAUCACUGCUUGAUGAAUUGCACUCACAAGAUGGAAGUAAAUUUCAAGCCCAUCAAAUUCUCUUAGGGGUUCUGGAUAAAUGGUUCCUUAUGGAUCAGAUGUAUAUGCAAAAGAAAAAAUGGACAUAGUAUAGGACUGUAUAAUAUAGUAAAAAAUGAUUUAUUGGAAACACUUACAAAAAGUAAGAAGUUAAAACGCCCAUCAGAUAACCUGGUCGCUCCUUCUAGUUGGUAAAUUAGGAACAGUAGAUCACAGGAAUCACAGGCAAUAAAAAUAAUAAUAAUAAUAAACCUACUGAGUAAUUUCUUAUUAAGGAUUUUCUUUCUGUUUUAUUCAAAGAAUUUUCAGAGCUAUAAACCACAAUUAGGGAUUCUAGUGUAAAUGACUAAUCUAAAUUUUAUUAAACACAGGAGGUGAAUAUUUGCUGUACUUUCUUUACUCACCCAUUUCUUUGCUGCUGGAAGGUUUAACAGUGUAAAGUAAAAAUUCCAGCAAUCACAGUAAAGGUGUCUGUAACAAAGGGUAAUGAAGCUCCUCCCACUUCCUCUUUCUUAUGAUGCAGCCGCACCAAUCGGAGACAGUGAAGUAACGAUAAACUGUGUCUUCAACCAUGUAAACCAGGAAGGAAGAUCAGCUGGAUUCGAAUGGCAUCCAGAGGGGUCAAACAGAAUGUUCAUCCUAGAAGGAAGAAGAAAAUCGUGAAAGUAUUGUAUCUAAGCACUGUGGCAAGCAUAUCAUCAACAGAAAAUUCAAGGUAUUACAUAAGCACCAGUUAACAUCUGCAACAUUAGCUACCGGGUAUGCGCAGCACAACUGAAAGACUAAGCUGAACAGAAUACAAGGCAUCUGAUGCAGGAAAUCCAAACCCACCUGCAAUAUUAGUCAACACCCAGUAAAAAGGGAGGGAACAGAGGGUGGGAAAAUAUUUGCCUCCUGUCUUUAAUAAAAUUUAGCUUAUUCGGUCAUUAACACUAGAAUAAUCCCUAAUUUUAUGGCAAGGCAGGAGCAAUAUAAUUGGAGUAGACUCACCUGGGAGGUAAGCAGCAAAGAAGGAGGAAGUGGGAGGAGCUUCAUUAACCUUUGUUACAGACACCUUUACUGUGAUUGGUUGAAUUUUUACACUGUUAACCCUUUCUUUGCUGCUGGGAGGUUUGAGUAAAGAAAGUAAUGCAAAUAUGAAACCCUCCUGUCUUGCCAUAAAAUUUAAAGCCAUCAACAUUGACUUCAAAAACUGUCAUUUUAAAACAUUUUUCUACUUGUGGUAUUGUCAUCCACAAAAAAAAAUAAAAAAAUUUGGGGAGCCUUGGUGUGACAGGUGUCUUUCAGCUUCUACCCUAUGUAUGAGUUACCUUGACAACAAAGUGGUCCUUUGUCUAAAACCUUAAAACCUUGGGGGUUUUUUUGUUUUGUUUUUUAUUGUUCUCUGGUGCUAAAUCCUUCUGACAUUUUGCAAGAAUCCAUAAUCGGCUAAAGAAACACAACUGAAUUCACAGGUUUAUUAAGAGUUCUUGCCAUCUAUCUGGAUAGGACAUCAAGCUUCAGAAAGUCAGGACAUCUUUUCUUCAGUCUUUCAUAUCAAUUAGUGGUUAAGUGGCAGGAAAACAAGAACUGAUACUUUUUCUUUCUUUAUAUAAGCAGUUGUAGAAACUGUUUCCCUAUAAAGAAAAUAGAUUUUUUUUUUUCUGGAGUUUAAGUGGGUCUGUUUUCUUGGGAAUGCUAAUUUUGCUCAGACAGUACAAAAUUUUUAGAUGGUUUAAUAGCUAUAUAAUCAUUAUAAUCCCCUGUCCAGCAGCUCCCCUUUGUCUGAAAUCAUCUGGACAGAUGAUCUCGGCCAAUCAAAAGCUUCUCUAUUCAGGGCCUUUUUGUACAUGCGUCAGAAGGUGUUUUUGGCAUAGGGAAGCAUUACUACGCUUUUAUAUGGGAAGACUUACCCGCAUUCAAUGAAUGUGAACUUCAUUUUCUUACUGUCUUCAUUGUCAGCCACUAAAGACACACUGAAUGACAAUUGUAAAUAUUGCUAUUUGUCACGGUACAAUGACAAUAUCUUGGUACUAUUACCACUACAUUAAAGGAUUACAAUAGCCACCAAAACAACUCUGAUGAAGACUGUUUGACAGCUGCUAACUGCUAUACUGUACCUUUAACUGCUCACUGAGUGUUUGCAUUUACCAUGGGAAAACUUACAACAAUUCUUUGGUGUAGUUUAGGCUGUUCAGAACACAAAAGGAAUGCUCAUUUUCUGUUUAUACUUCGACCUGCUUAUUGGUAAAGCAUUGAAAACAUUAAAAAAAAUAUAUAUCCCUUGGCUUUUCAUAGCAGCUCUCAGUGAUUUGAGCAACAAAUCUAUAAAACAUCACUGCUGUAAAAUCGCUAAUGAUCAGUGAGGUCUUUUUAACACUUAUGCGCUAGAACUGGGUAUCUAUAAUAAUGAUUUCUGACUGGCACUGCAGGAGUAUGAACUACGUAUCCCAUGAUUCUCAACCAGUCUCACUCCCUUAAGGGCACUGUUAAUUUGUUUUUAAUUUCUUGCUGUGUGUUAAGAAUUGUUAACUCUGCAGCAUUUGAUGGCUUGUGUCAUCAAAUUGUGAGUACAUUGUCGAACGGCAAAGCAGAAUCUUUGGUUACAGUUAAGUGUGCAAUAACCCAGUGAAUUUCACAUGGGACUUUUAAACAUUUUCAUGCAUCUAGAAAACCACCAUUCUCUGGAAUAUAAGAAUAUUAUAGUUAUUGCUGUUUUUCACUACCUCCCCAAUGCAAACCAUAUAGAAAAUCAUAAAAUAUAUAAAUAAUGGGUGCAGUAGUCCCAAUGGUCUCGGGGUCACUCAGGGCUGUAACCCCUAAGUUGGAUAAAUGGCUUCACUAGAUUCCAGGUGGGAAAUCCGAGGUCUCUGACCAGAAAAGUGCAGAUCUAGGAUCACCUGCGACACUGCACAGAACCCUCAGACGCCCAGGCCACUGGUUAACUCUAUGUAAUGGUAGAGUGGUAGAUGGUAAGCUUGUUUGAGCAGGGCCUUCAAAUAUAGUGCUGAUUAAUAUAUUGGCACUAAACAAAUGCUAAUAAUGAUAAUCUACCAAUAGAGUAUGUCUCCUUGUCAGAACAAAUCAAAACAUAUACAGGUUAACAGACUUUGGCCCUAACCUGCAGAUAACCAAAAACUACCAGAUUUCACGGUCCCUGAAUUCAGUGUGUGCAAAAUUUCCUCAGACGGCUUUGGUGUUAUAUGUAAACUUUAUUGAAUAUGAGAUCUAUACUUAAAGGGAAACUUUAGACACCUGAAGCUGUUCACCUUGCUGAUGUGCUUUGUGUGAAGUUUUUUUUUUUUUCAUUCAUUUUUCUUUUUGCAAAAAGUGCAGAAAUUAGCCUUGUUACAUCCCCUGGCUGUCAAUCAGACAACUGGUCCUGUUACUUCCUGGUGGUUUGGUUAGCUCAGUGGAGCUAAACUGAAGCGGUAUCUUGCAAAGACUUCUCAUUGAGCUGUAUUGGGAAGUCUGUGAUUGGAUAGCAACAGAAAUUCUGGGUGGGUUUAGAAGGGGAAGGCCUUGCAGAUUUUGCAUGCUGUUUUUAUAUAUCUCAGUGAAAAUAAAAUGAACUUCUCUCUUUCAUCCCAGUGAACACUAUUUCAAAGGUGAGUAAUGCAGCUGAGGUAAGAAAAAUAAAUAAAUCCCACUUACCUUCACCCUAUCACCCCAUGAUGCGCCAGACGCUCCUAAUUUCUAUUGCUUUUAUAUUGGUCUCAAUAUAUGAAACUCUUCCGAACUCUUAGAUUCUUGCUGGACCUUAAUAAUGUCUAGUUUGGAAACCAUAUGAAAAAUAAAAAUGUGUCCAUCAUGAGCAAAUUGAAUUUUUUGAGAUCAUUGUUAAAUUGGAUUGGGUUGGAAGGCUUUAUCCUUAACUCACAGACACAGGCAGAGGUUCAGGCUGUAUACUCUGAUGGAGCUCUCUCAAUGCACACACGAAGUCUCAAGUAUGGCAAGGUAAAAAUUACAUCUGUACUUCUGUGACUUUAGCUUAUAUUUAUCUAUGUUAAUAUUUAAAGAUUGUUCCAAUGUUAGAAAUACGUGUUCCUUUUCUAUUUCAGAUUUAGGGCCCCUCCCACUGCAAUCUCCAAAAGUAGGUUAAUCCAUGUUCUUGCUGCACCUAUGCUCUGCCCCUGGGUGAUCAUUACUAGUGAUGUUUUCCCAGCCAUUGCAUUGCUCAAAGAGGGGCGGUGGGACACCGUGUGCAUGCACAGCAAUGCUUCUUAAAGAGAAACAUUGGAACAAAUACAUCUCUAUGAGAAGUGCUCAAUGUCUGGUAUGCAGCCGAAAGGUGUUACCAAAGGGAUUUAUGAAAAUGAUGUUUUCUCUUGAAAUCGGCACAUAUAUAAAAUAAGACAAGGCUAGGCUUUUUUCAUCACAAUUUUCUCCUAAAUUUGCAACUCAACAUAUCUUGAACAAACCUUAAUGCAUUAUAACCAAUUUCAUAUCAAAAUAAAGAAUCCAGUUUACCGUGGGAGUGAUACCGUGGCAACUACCAACUUUCAUGGAAGAAAAAAAGCUCUGUGCGAGGAAAUUGCCCUUAUCAAUAAAAAAAAAACUCUCUACAUAAACAAAGCCGCUAUCACACUUACGUGAGUUCCUCUCCAACAGCACACAGAGUAAGGUUAAUGGAGAUAAAUGUAAAAAGUUAAAUGUACGAAGUGGUGAUGCUACCACCAGGGCAUACAGUGGAGCGCCAUAUAGUGUACAUAGGAUGUAACACACUUACCCUUAUGCAAUAAGGGAUAUCAUGCAUAAAGUAGUAUAUCAUAAAGACGUCUAAGGUGCUGGAUCCUCCUGAGACGCUUUUCACAGCUAUCUGUGGUUUUCUCAUUCAGUUGUAUCUACCUCGUGGGUUUGGGUGGUUUUAGACCCUCCUAACAUGAUCCCAUUGGUCCAUUCUGCUGCUUGUUAUCCUAUCGUGGACGUCCUAUCAUGUGGGAGUGUGUCAUCAGCUGAUUAAAUUAUUCAAUUGCCGUAAUUGUUGAGGUUUGGAUCCGACCGCAUCAUUCCUCUGUCUGCUCCAUUUUACUUAUGGGCAGAAGUCCUGGAAACUACAUGGGUGUUUGAGAUGAACGGAAGCGACGUGACGAGUCCAGCGUCACAUCACGUACGGUGUCGUGGUCAUAAUACAAAGCGCGCAUUAUCAUGAAAGGCAAUGUAAUUACCCAGUGCAAGGGUAUGAAGGGAAAAAGGAGAAAGCAAAUAUCAAUAAAGCAAAUAUAUAAACGGACCUACAAGGUUAUAAAAGACUAAUAUGUUUGAUUAGAACUUGGAUGGGCACUAUUAAGGCUUAUCUAGCAUUAACAGGUAUAUAAAAUAUUGAAUAAAUGGAGCCGAUAGAUGAAUGAUGCGGUGGGAUGCACACCUCAACAAUUACGGCAAUUGAAGAAUGAAAUCAGCUGAUGACACACUCCCACAUGAUCGAACGUCCACGAUAGGAUAACAAGCGGCAGAAUAGACCAAAUGGAAUCAUGUUUGGAGUGCUUCAAACCACCCAAACCCAUGAGGUAGAUGCAACUGAUUGAGAAAGCCACAGAUAAGGGCAAAACGCGUCUCAGGAGGAUCCAGCACCUUAGACUUCUUUAUGAUAUACUACUUUUAUUGUUUUUUUUUUAAAAUAUACUUUAUGUAUUAAUACAUAUCUACUUAUUUGCCAACAUUGUUUGGUGCCAUCUUUAGAAUCUACCUCUACUGCAAAGAAAGGGUAGUUUCCCCUUUUAAGAGACACCAGGUUGUUUUACUUGGAGCCAAGUUUUUAGGGCUCCUUAAGAAGGUGAGCAGGUCAUUGAUAGAUUUGUGCACGAAGUCACUUUAUAUUUUGAUGCACGUCAGAAGCUGUGGCUUCCCUGUGUUUUAUUGUCUCCCCUCUUGAGUGUGUUCAACACAAAAAAAACAGAAGAGGGUCAGUUUCACCAUAGUACACAAUUGCCAGAGUGAUUUGAGCCUAUCCCGUUUGGCUCUACAUUUGUGAGUGAAUCACUAAUUAUCUUGUAACACCUACUAGAUAAGACUUUAUUGCACCAUAGUGUGUUUUCCUUUUAUAUUACAGUUCUUAUCGUACAUGAUAUCCCUUAUUGCAUAAGGGUAAGUGUGUUACGUUCUAUGCACACUAGAUAGCGCUCCACUGUAGUAUCAUCAAUUAGUACAUUUAUCUCCAUUUACCAACUUUCAUGGACUGGUUUGUACCAUUAGACUGAUCGUCUGUAAGUGAUCGCAAAUGAUUGUGACUUAACCCCGGAAUUAUUCUUUCAUGAAUUGUCCUUCCCUUAAGGACCAAACUUCUGGAAUAAAAGGGAAUCAUGACAUGUCACACAUGUCCUGUGUCCUUAAGGGGUUAAGGACCCAUGACUGAAUAAUUCCGGCAUACCCUGGAGUCUCUUCUUUAACAAAUGUUGGCCUUGAAAGGGGAAUUGCGAAUGAGUGGGGCACCUAGAACACCAUGCCAACAUGUCCUCAGGCCAACAAUCUAUCACAUCAUUUGCUUCUCAGAUUUGCCUAAUUGUAAUUUGGAUGCAUUUGAAGUCUGACAUAUGACACACACAUUAUUUGUUUGUUUUUUUUAAAGCUUGGGCAAGGUGUCCUUGUUCAGGUAUCUCCUUCAUUGAUAAAAAGACGGAAAACUCACUUCCACAAUCUGCCCUGUGGAGCGUCAAUCAUUCUUGGGAACAACGGCUUUAUAUGGCUCUACCCUACUCCUGAGCAGACAGAAGAUGAAGCAGGGGGGUUUGUCACCAAUCUGGAGGUAAGUCUCUCAGACUUAUAGUGACCCUGGCAUAAGAAUUAUCAUUCUGCUCUUUGCAUCACAAACUGUUUACAGAAUUCCCUCUAAGCUGUAUUAGCAGCAGUGAUUUCCUCAACUGAAUUUCCAAUUUUAUUUUUUUUUAACAAUUUAACUCUGCAGUUUGCAUUGAAUAUAUAUAGUUCCUUUGCAAACAGCACAAUAUAGUUAAUGUGAAGAUUCUUACUUUUACUGUUUUAGUGCUGAACUGCCCACUUCUGUUUUAUUUAAUCAGAUUCUCCAGAAAAGGCUAAUAAAAUGGCUGCCAUUUUGUAAAGAUUUCUGUACAUGUGCCUGCUCCUAAAUUCAGUAUUAUUCUUUGCACUCCGGCAACUUGUCAAGCUGUGCAUGUAUGUACAUUUCUCCCAUUAUCCUAUGUACAAUAAGCUGUAGCCAUUGGGUUCAAAGCUAAAUCUCUCCAUUUAGAUGCUUCCAGUGCGACCUAUCCAACUAAACAGCGUUUGUCUAAUUUUUACAAUGUUUCAACAAAAACAGAAAAUAUGUUCUGUCUGCAAGAGAGAUACAGCAAUCCUGGACAAUCGUUUUGGCCUUCUUUGGGACUCAUCAGCGAGGUGUAGCUCUUACUCCUCUAGGAACAGUGUCCACGACUGGAUUACCCUUUUGAACUUGGGGAGAGCCAAGCUAAUGCAUUGCAACAAAAAGGGAAAACUACUGAGUUCCUCUAAGCUUUUGUUCUCAUAUUUUCUAAUUUUUACAGUGACAUCUAUAAUUAUUCUAAACUUGCAUACCAGCAAACUGAAAGGAACUUUCUUUGUAUAGAUAAAGUAUUGUUUCAUCAGUUACAGCCCAUAUUGGCCAGUUGUAUCAAGAACACCAUCACAUAGUCUUCUGUAUUUAAGAAAGUAAAUGCAAGUAAAUAUUCCAAUGAUAUUUGUAAUUAAAUGACUGUAUCACGUUCACAGCCAAUCUCCUUAACUGAUCGAGAAGUGAUUUCGCGGCUACGGAACUGCAUUCUUGCCUUGGCUGCCCAGCAGAUGUUGUUGUACGAUACCAGCAUCCUCUACUGCUAUGAAGCUUCCAUGACGCACAUGGUAUGUUUCCAGUCCAGUGCUCGCAAUUUUUUUGUCCCUGUACCUGUAGAUUUCAAAAACGCAUGGGACGUACUGAGAGCUACCUCAAGGGACAAAAUAGCUUUCAGAUUUCUUAUAUAUAUAUGGUUUUACAUCUACCUUCAUAGUAUGUGGAGUUUAUUUACUAAACUCCUAAUUGUACCUGUUUGAAGUCCGAAUAGCAAAAAAUAAGCUAAAGUAGCUGAGCUAUAGAGAAACUGAGGAUCAUUAUCAUUUUUUUUUAUUGCUCUCCUAUCUGUAUUCAAGUUGGUUACAAUUCUAAGUUUAGUGAAUGAACCCCUAUAUUUGUGUGUUGCACAUUCUUUCUGCUGCAUCAAUUAUGUCUUCUUAAUCCUGGAGGAAGUUCAGUGUUUUCUGCACCACCACCCACAAGAAAUCAAACUUUAAAUGACAUGUAAAUUUAAACAGAUAUAGCAGGGUAUUGGGAGUUCUACAACAUUUGAUGAUCUAUCUGUUGGGCACCACUGAUUUAGAGCAUAUAAUAGUUUUUAUUAAAGAGGCUGUGAGAUGUGUAUCAGGACUCCCAUUUCUUACCUGGUAAUAGUGUUGAUCUAUUAAAGGAUCAAUAUAGGGUCAGGAACACAAACAUUUAUUCCUGACCCUAUAGUGUUAAAACCACCAUCUAGCCCCCCUGGGCACCUCAUGCCUCCAUAAAUAUAGCAAAAUCUUACUGUAUUCAAGCCUCAAGCCUGAAGCUGUAACUCUGCAUGCUGUUUGCCUCAAAAAAACAAGCAGUCUGCUGACAUCAUCAGAAGUGGUGGCCUGAUCCAAUCACAGUGCUUCCCCAGAGGAUUGGCUGAGACUGACAAUGAGGCAGAUCAGGGGCAGAGUAAGCAUGAUUCGAACACAGCCCUGGCCAAUCAGCAUCUCCUCUAUGCGGAACUUUUUAAGCUGCUCCAUACAUCAACAGAUAACAUAGAGGCUGCAUGCAGAGGGAGGAGAUACUGAAUGUUUGGAUGCAUUUUAGGCAGCCAUGACCCAGGAAGGAUCUCUAACAGCAAUCUGAGGAGUGGCCAGUGAAGUUAUUACUAGGCUGUAAUGUAAACACUGCAUUUUCUCUGAAAAGACAUUGUUUACAGCAAAUGCCUGAAGGUAAUGAUUCUACUCACCAGAACAAAUUCAAUAAGCUGUAGUUGUUCUGGUGACUAUAGUGUCCCUUUAAUUGUGCUAUUUGAACAUCUAGAGAAUGCAUAGAUUAGCAGAUGAUUUUAAAAGGGAAGAUUUUUUUCUUUGGCUUUAUGUUUGAUUCUAUACGUUAGCUGCAUGCAGGUGCACUACUAAGAAUUCUAUAUAACCCGCCGAAGGAGGUUCUAUAUGGUAAAACUGGUCAGCUAGAGCAAAGUAUAGACAAAAAUAUUUUUAAAUUAAAUCUGGGCUCCUGUUAAUGUAUGCAGAGUUCCCUUAAAGGACCACUUUAGUGCCCUGAGGGUGCCCCCACCCUCAGGGACCCCCUCCCACCUCUUUCUCCAGCGCCGGGCGGGGAGCUCUCCUCCUCCUCUUCUCCUCCUCUUCGGCUGAAUGCGCAUGCCACUGGAGGCUGGAUUAACCCAUUUAUAAACAUAGCAGUUUCUCUGAAGUGGUCUGGGUGCCUAUAGUGGUCCCUUAAGGUGCAAUAAGAGGAAAAAAAAAACACCCCAAAACAUAUGGAUAAAGUAAAAUAUGGCUUUUUACUUCUCUGUCUCUGUACAAUUUCAGAUGUAGGCUGCUGUAGACAAACUUAAUACUACAAAGGUUUAUCGUGAAUUUGCAUUUAAUGCUGUGGUCACAAUACACAGUGGUUUCUCCAGGGGUGUGGAAAUUAAAAAAAAAAAAAAAAACCCACAUAUGUCCAAGGGUACCCUAAUCUGCUUGUCCUGACACAAGGGUUUGGAGAACCUGCUUAGAGCAUGGUUAUUCUCUAAACUUGGAAUGUUCUCAGAUUAGGACUGAAAGAAAAAAACUGAGGGCAAAAUAGCUGAUCUGUUAGAAUUCUCUAACUCUGACAGUCACAACAUGCUAUUUUUUCCAUUAAGAUUUCAUAAAAUAGCCUGUUCUGACUAUAGCGGAGUUGGAGCAUUUUUACAAAUCAGCUAUAGUUCUUGCGUUUAGAUUUCAUCUUGGAAAAAUUUUGAGUUUAGUGUCUCACCCACUGUCCUCCCCCAUGGGCUGGCUGUAUGCAAUGUAUGUUUUGUGUGUCUGUGAUGUAGGCUCUAUUUUCUGUGUGUGUGCUGGCUGUAUGUUUGUGUGUGUGCUGGCUGUAUGUUUGUGUGUGUGUUACAUAUCUUACUUUUGCCAAAGGCAAAUAUUUUCUAAACUUUAUUGGGGUCCAAUACAUAGAGCACAUGCCUCCGACCGCGACUUCUGAAAUUGCUCCUCGCAUUUCCAAUAAUCACUGAGUCAGAGUACAUGAGUCAGUCAGAUUGUGCCUGAACCACUAGAACAGUCAUGGCCCAAACCCUGUCCUCUCAAUAGCAACACAAUAAACUGCCUGCCCUGCACCCUGAACUGCAUGUCCCGGGCGUCAGGCGAUACAAACUCCACAUCCUUCCUCCCUAUGAUGCGACUGUAUACAAAUUUGCUUUUGUAGAUGUUUACCAGUGAUAAACUUACCAGUAGCAUCUAUUCAUAUCCUUUAAUUUACAGAUCAAAGACAUACUGAAGAUUGAGGUUAUGGAAGAUAUAGUGCUGGAGACCAGGCAACGUCUUGUAGAACAGGAAAGCUAAAUCUCGGUUCUCUGUUCCUUACCUAAUUCCAUGCAAGACCCAUUAGGCCAAGUGAAGAAUUACCUUCAGAUCGAAGAUAUACAUUUCUGGUGCAGAAAUUUUCACUUGCUUUUCUGUGUAACAAUUCAACUGUUCCAUUUUUGUUGUUGUGUUCAUGUAAAAUCUUCUUUGUUUUUGUAGCUUCAUUGAAAUAUUAAAGUAUUUUAUUCUUCAUAAGUGACAGUAGUCAAAAUCCACCGAAUGUGACCCAUUGUACCAUCUUGUAAGCAACCUUACUCUGUUUUUUCCCCAGCUUUUCCCAGUUUAAAAACCAAAACUGAUUUAUGCAUUUAUUGCAUAUGUAGUCUCCUGCUACAUUUUUCACCACAGUGACGCAGAGUAGGUUUCGCUCACUAGAUGGCUUUUGGGGUGAACUGUAUCACCAAAAAAACAAGUGUAUGUUAUUCUACAGAGCAUCAGACCUUUCUAAUUGUAUGCUAAUUAUUUCCUGGAUAAAUUCUGGCUUUUAGCAUAUUUUUAAUUAUAAAUUCCAAUUUCCAAUAUGGUAGUUUCUGGUAUAGGUUCCUAAUCCAGCUCUAAUUCACACCAGUUGUUUAUGAUUUAAAGGACCACUGUAGGCACCCAGACCACUUCAGCUUAAUGAAGUGGUCUGGGUGCCUGGUCCAGCUAGGGUUAACCCUGUUUUUAUGGGUUUUUUUUUUUUAAUAAACCUAGCAGUUUCAGAGAAACUGCUAUGUUUAUAAUAUAAUUAAUCGAGCCUCUAGUGGCUGUCUCAUUGACAGCCGCUAGAGGCGCUUGCGUGCUUCUCAUUGUGAAAAUCACAGUGAGAAGACGCCAGCGUCCAUUGUAAAUGCUUUCCUAUGAACUGGCUGUGCGUGCGGCUCCUGCCACGCAUGCUCAUUCAGCCGAUGACGUCGCUAUGAAGGAGUAGAUGAGGAGGAGAGCUCCCCGCCCGGCGCUGGAGAAAUGUAAGAUUUUAACCCCUUCCUCUCCCCAGAGCCCAUCAGGAGAGGGACCCUGAGGGUGGGGGCACCCUCAGGGCACUAUAGUGCCAGGAAAACGAGUGUUUUCCUGGCACUAUACUGGUCCUUUAAUUGUUUCCCAGUUCUAGCUCUACAGAAUGGUUACAGAUCUAUCUAUGGAUUUAUAUAGUGGAUAAUGCAAGUUUUGACUCUGUGCCAUCUCUGAGAGCUUUAGUAAUUGCUAGAAUAGAGCCAAGCAACGGACCAAGGACAAAGCUACAACAAGCUCGACCACCAUGGAUUGCACUCCUGGAUUCCUCCUUCACUCUGAAAAAUGUGUAAGGGUUAAAGGGACACUACACUGCCCAAAUACAAAAUACAUUUUAAAAAAAAUCUCACUUGUAGAUAUACUUGCAUUUUUUUAUUUUUUAGAUGUAUAUCUAACAGCUUGCGAGAACUGCAGAUCUCCCAUCUAUAGCCUUUGUUACCAGCCUCUGGAGUUUAGCUACACUGAGCUAAAAAGCUUUAAAGUGCGGUAGGUGUUUGGAGUUGCACUUUAACGAGUCGCAAUUGGCAAGAAUUUGAGAAGGAUUACAAAUAUGUUGCUCCAAGUUUUACACUUCCAUUCCAAAAUUGUUUACCCAAAUGCAACUUACCACUUGUGUGAUGAUUCUAAAGACAGGAAAUGGAACUGUAUUCCUAAAAUACCUUGAAAAUGCUGAGCCGAAUCAUAAAAAUUCAAUACAGCAGAUAUAUAUUUUUUUGUCAGGUGUGGUGUAAGACUAUUGAAGACUAUGCUUACUAUUUAAAUGGAAUUGGCCUGGUUUUAUGGUGGCAUUAUUCCCACUUCAAAUUGUUUUAUAUGUGAUCAUUUUCUAAAAUAAAAUUUGAAAGUUUGUUAAA